AUGAAAGAUUCAGUAAAAUCACCUUAAUUAUUAUCAUGGUACGAUUAAAAUAGAGAAUUUGCAGGAAAAUACAUAGUAAUAAUUUUAGUGGCAGUUACCUAAGGAAUAUCAGCUUUAUCAGAUCUUUCUUUAAGUUUUUUAUAUAAAGAUGAUUUUAAAAUGUCUCCAGCCUAAGUUGCUGUAACAUAAGGAUUUAUAGGCCUUCCUUGGAUUUUUAAACCAAUAUGGGGCAUAAUAAGUGACACAAUUCCAAUAUUUGGAUAAAGAAGAAAGAGUAUUCCUGAUAAGCUCUUUUGUAUUGGAGAUUCCAUUUUUAUUUAAGUUAUUGGUGAACUUAAUACUAUGCCUAUUCUUGUCUUAGCUUGCAGAAUGUGUCCGAAAAGUAUCGAAGGUACUAUGUAUGCUAUGAUUAUGAGUACCAUUAAUUUAGGAAAUAGUCUCUCACUUUAAUUAGGAGGUAUUAUAACAUAUUAUUUAGGAAUUAAUGAAUAUAAUUUUGAUAAUUUGUGGAUCCUAAUUGUUAUAGCUAAUAUUACUACUGCUAUGCCUCUUGUUUUUAUUAAUAUGAUUUCUAUUAAGUAAGAUAAUAAUCUUGAAGAAGAUGAUAUUUAAGUCAUAGAAGAAAAAUAAGCAUUAAUUAGUUCUAAUAAAAAUGAUGAUGAAAUGAUUAUUUGA